GUAGUCUGAUUGCCUUGAGUUAGUGCAAAUACUGAAAUCUGGAGCCCUCACUCGGCGAUACUAGCUGAUUGCUUUCUGUUAGCGCAUAACAUUCCGGGGAUCAAUUUCAAACACUGUCCAAGAGAAGCCCAUUUUCUUGCUAGGAGAUGCUAUGAUUCUAAAAUUUGUGAGGACUGGGUAGAUGUAACGCCUGCUUUUCUUUUACCUCUUGUACUCCAUGAUGUUACUUUACCCCAAAUUGAAUAAAUUGCCAUGAGGCUUUACCAUCAAAAAUAAAAUAAAAUACACAGAUGGAUGGGGAUUCAUCAUUUACCCACACAGACGGAUGGGGAUUGGCUUCGCCAGACGUCCCAAGAUCCAUUAUCCUUGGGUAGUCUUGGGCCCUCAAAGUCAAGUAGUUGUGGAGGAAACUGCACCCAGCUUCACAUUGUUGACCAGUGGCUUUGAAUUCCAGGCUGGAAGUACCGAUGAUACGGAUUCCAGCACUCCACAUCCUGAAGGUUCUCAGCAGCCUGUUCCUGAAAACCCCGCCAUUUCGUCCUGCUGGAAAAGGAAAACUGAAGGCGGUACCUUCCUUGAAGAUGUGAAGGAACACAUCAACGAGUUCAUCCGAGCUUCCAUGGAUGAGCGCAAGGCCUGCUUCAAGAAGACUCUUCAGAAGAUGUUUGGGAUAUGAAACGUUGUUGUGGAGCGGUCCGCCGCAGCAAAAGGAAGCUGAAGUUUAAAGCACUUUGCCUCUUUAGACGAGUGUGCACCAGUAGAAGUAUCAAGACGCUUCUUGUAUCCGGACUUUUUUUUUUCAACUGUUGUUAUACAUUUCGUGUAGGAAGGCUUGAAGUACAACCUGAGGCUGGAUUAGAGCAUCUUCAACAGAGCAGAAAUUUUGA